AAAUCUUCACCACCUGCUACAGUUUCCGAAGCUGCAUUAAACAGCUCCAUCAGUUCCUCUACUCCUAAAAGAACAAGAUCACCUCCUCGAAUAUCUUCAAGUGAUAAAACUCUUGAAGGAAAAAUCAACUCCUCAAAUGACAAUUCUGAACGCGAAAUGUUAGCCAAGGCAAAGCGUUUAGCUCGGUUCAAGGUGGAUCUAGGCAAAUCUGAGCAGAGUGAUUCUGAUACUGCAGACAGGAAGGCUUCUGCAAGUAGAAAUGAACAAUCUCUGUCAGAGGAAAAAUAUGAUGGUGGCCAUUCUAUACAACCAACUGUCAAUGUUGCUAAUGGCCAUGCUUUGUCUGAUUCUGAAGGCCUCAAGACGUCCAACAUAAUUAUUGGCUUAUGUCCAGAUAUGUGUCCUGAGUCAGAGAGGGCAGAGCGUGAAAGGAAAGGGGAUCUUGAUCAGUAUGAACGAGUGGAUGGGGAUAGAAAUGUAACCAGCAGAGUUCUUGCAGUUAAGAAGUAUAAUAGGACAGCAGAGAGGGAAGCAAGCUUGAUUCGGCCUAUGCCUGUUCUUCAGAAAACAAUUGAUUACCUGCUUGAUUUGCUAGAUCAGCCGUAUGAUGAAAGGUUUCUUGGCAUGUAUAACUUCUUGUGGGACCGGAUGAGGGCAAUUAGGAUGGACCUGAGGAUGCAGCACAUUUUCAACCAAGGGGCUAUAGCUAUGUUGGAACAAAUGAUAAGAUUACACAUAGUUGCAAUGCAUGAAUUAUGUGAAUACACAAAAGGGGAGGGCUUUUCAGAAGGAUUUGAUGCUCACCUGAACAUUGAACAGAUGAACAAAACUUCAGUAGACUUGUUUCAGAUGUAUGAUGAUCACAGAAAGAAGGGAAUAAAUGUGCCAACAGAGAAGGAGUUUCGAGGCUACUAUGCUCUCCUUAAAUUGGACAAGCAUCCUGGUUAUAAAGUUGAACCGGCAGAGCUCUCUCUUGAUCUUGCUAAGAUGACUCCUGAGACCAGGCAGACUCCAGAAGUUCUGUUUGCCCGCAAAGUAGCAAGGGCUUGCCGAACUGGUAAUUUUAUUGCCUUCUUUCGGCUUGCUAGAAAGGCAAGUUAUCUUCAAGCGUGUCUAAUGCAUGCUCACUUUGCAAAGUUGCGUACCCAGGCACUUGGUUCUUUACAUGCUGGUUUGCAAAAUAACCAAGGUCUCCCUGUUUCGCAUGUUGCUAACUGGCUUGCUAUGGAGGAUGAGGACAUAGACGGCCUGCUAGAGUAUCAUGGGUUCUUGGUGAAAACAUUUGAAGAACCAUAUAUGGUGAGGGAAGGGCCAUUUCUCAAUAUUGAUAAUGAUUAUCCCACCAAGUGUUCCAAACUAGUUCACAAGAAAAGGUCAGAAACGAUAAUAGAAGAUGUUUCACCCUCAGAUCAAGUUGUAUUGCCACCUGUUGAGACAACAAACAAGAUCCAGAUACAGAAGAAGUAUGAGAAUGAGCAACAAUCUGUCAAAGAAGUUAGUUCAAUUGAGAAGGUUGAUGAAGAAAUGGCCGACUCUGAAGCUAUUUUGUCCCCAAAGGAUGGUAGAUCUGGAAGGAAAUUUCAGGAAAUGCCGAUUGCAGUUGAACAUAGUGAAACUGAUCAUAGUUUUACUAUGCCUUUUUCGUCACCAAUUGGCUUCUUUAAUCGUGGUAUACCUGAACCACAGCCAACCAGAUCUGUACUUACUAAGCGUACUAACUCUGAUGCUAUAUUCACAAGCUCUCCUAAGAGAAUCUUUCAUUCAGAGCUGGAUGGAAGGCUCCUUGAGAGUGUGACAAAACUGUCUCCAUCAGAAAGCUCAAGAGGAUAUGGCUUUCAUUUUUCUGUGGCUGAUACUGUGCCCCAAGGUGCAUCUCAAGAUGAACCUCUACUCGUUAACCAAGUAAACGAAGAUGAAAUUGACGAAGCUGAAGAAAAUGAUCUAGAUGAAGAAAUUUCUGCAGCUAAGCUCAAGCUAUUCUUAAGGUUAUGGAAGAGACGGACGUCAAAGUUGAGGAUGCUACGUGAACAAAGGGAAUUUGCAGCAAAUGCUGCAUUGGAGUCGUUGUCACUGGGACCACCUAUACGACAUUACAUUGGUCAACCAAGCAACUUUGACAAGUUUGACGUUGAUGAAGCCGUGAGAGAGAGAUACGAAAAGCAGGAAAAGUCCUGGGCAAGACUUAAUAUUUCAGAAAUGGCCGGUGACAUACUACGAAGAAGAAACUCAGGUGUCAAAUGUUUGUGCUGGAAAAUUAUCCUCUGUUCUCAGGCGGACAAAGGACUUAAAAUGGGUGCAGCAGGCUCGUGGUUGAUCUCAAAGCUCAUGCCUUCCUGUGACGAGGAUGUGGUUAUUUCUUCGCCUGGCCUGACAAUAUGGAAGAAAUGGGUUCCUGGGCAAUGUGGUGCUGAUCCUAUUUGCUGCUUCUCUGUAAUUAGGGACACAUCUUUCU